CCGGCGAAGUGACGGUAUCCAGACACAUGUCGACGUAUAUGGGCAAUCACACCACCAUGCCCUCGGUAGUAACUCCGGGGCUGCGCUACAGGAAUCUGGGCAAAUCGGGCCUCCGCGUGCCCAACAUUGGCCUAGGGAUGUGGACAACCAUGAGCGAGGACUCCGCCGAGGAUAUCAUCAUGACAGCCCUUGAGAAUGGAAUCAACCUGUUUGACCUCUCUGAGGCGCACUGCGCCAAAGGUGAAGCGGAAUUAGGAAGGAUUCUCAAGAAACGGAACGUAAGGCGGACCAGUAUCAUCAUAACCACAAAAAUAUACUGGAGCACCAACUCACACGGGUCAAAACCGACUCGAUCGGACGAACGCGGCCUAUCUCGAAAGCACAUCAUCGAGAGUGUCAAAGCGUCGCUGGCCCGUCUCCAGGUGGAAUAUAUUGACGUGGUUUUGUUGCACAAAGUGGACCCUGUCUGUCCUAUGGAAGAGCUAGUUCGAGCCAUGAACUUCGUGAUUAACCAGGGUUGGGUAAUGUACUGGGGCACAGCGCGGUGGUCACCAUCAGAGAUAAUGGACGCAUACACCAACUGCAGACAAUUCAAUUGCAUCACGCCUAUUGUAGAACAAACAGAAUAUCACAUGUUCUGCAGAGAAAAACCAGAACUUUAUAUGCCUGAACUUUACCACAAGAUAGGUGUUGGUAUGAUGGCGUGGUCAGCUAUCACCACCGGCAAAGGACUCGGCCGCGAGGAGAUUACCGGAUUGUUCGCCAAGUCGCGUUUCAACAGGAAAUACAGCACAUUCAGCUGGUGCGAAGAGGACCUGGCCGUA